GAUUAUACAAAUACAAAUAAAGAUUUACGCGAUACCGGAAGGUCGUCGUUUUCACCCAGCAUCCAGCUGCGCCGCUUGGUUCGCGCAACUGCUGCAAGCCAGCAACGCACCCUCUCAAUCGACACUACGAAAUUGCGUAGCAGUUAGAGAGUGAAAGAGAAAUGGUAGGAGUUGGGAAAACCAAGCAAUAUUCAAACGUGCUAGAUAGACCCAUUGGUAAAGGGAAACAAGAGGUCAGUUUGAGUGCGUUCGCCUUCUUGUUUUCGGAGCUUGUUCAGUACAAUCAGACUCAAGUUGACAACAUAGCAGAGCUAGAACGAAGGUUAGAGGAUGCUGGCUAUGCCGUUGGAGCCAGGAUUCUGGAACUGCUUUGUCAUAGGGAGAAGGGUAACAGGAGGGAGACACGGCUAUUGGGUAUUCUGUCUUUCAUACACAGCACCGUAUGGAAAGUGUUGUUUGGAAAGGUUGCUGACUCUCUUGAGAAAGGCACCGAGCAUGAAGAUGAGUACAUGAUCAGUGAAAAGGAGCUUCUUGUCAACAGAUUUAUUUCAAUUCCCAAGGAUAUGGGUGCUUUCAACUGCGGAGCAUUUGUUGCUGGAAUUGUGAGGGGGGUCUUGGAUAACGCCGGUUUUCCGGCUGUUGUAACAGCUCAUUUUGUACCUGUGGAUGGGCAGCACCGACCCAGGACAACUAUUUUGAUUAAAUUUGCUGAAGAGGUACUGCGACGAGAAGCAAAAUUAGGUUAACAGAGUGCUGGUUUCUCGGAAUUAUUGUUUUGGACAUUGGAAAACAAAAACAGAGUGCGAAGAUUGGAGCAAUGCUGCCAUUAGCUUCAGUUUGUUGACAUAUUUGCCAGCAUGUGGUAGUUUGGCUUUUAAGUAACUAAUUUGCGCAUCACAUAACGGUGCAAAAAACUACGAAAUUAAAUGAGGCUUAUUUCAGAAAGGUGAAUGUUGAGAUGAUUGGCCAAGUUGGCUAUCUUCUUGUACUUGUAAAUUUCUUGCAUACUAGUUACCUCUUUCUUCUUUAAGAUUUGUCUGUAGAGGCAUUUGCAAUUUUUGGGAGACCAACCCUUGUUCUCUCGAUGUAGGCUGCUUCUUUUUCACGUAAAAGUAAUGAAUUUAAAUUAAAAU